AUGUUGAAAAAGUCUCAGAUACUAGCUAGUUGGUCAAGAGAACAAGUUAGUGCUGUCAGUAGAUUGAAAGCAGCUUGGGAUAGGUUGCAGAGUUUAUUAGACAACCACCAACAUAUCAUGGCCAAACAGAUGGGAACUAUAAAGACGACUCUGAAUAUCGAAAGAGAGAAUUUGGAGAAAGAGAUUGAGCGUUUUCAAGCAAGAUGGGAAGAUGCUAAUCCCCGACCCCAUUCCGGAGAACUAAUAGAAAACUCCAUGAAGGAUCUUGCGAACCGUUUGAUGAAGAUGAAAGACAGAAGAAAUGAAUGGAAAGAAGUGGAGAAGAAGAGGGAAAAACUACUUAACGACUUCAUGAGAUUCAGCGUAAACUCACCUGAUUUACCUCAUGUGGAAGAAAUAGGCAACAAAAUUGCUAAAGAAGAAGAAUCGUGGUCCAUUUUCGAAGAUUUCAUGACAGAAUUUGACGAAUUGAAAAACGAAACCUGGAUCGUAUUCAGGAAGAAAAUAUACAAGUUGGAAGAUUUUCUGAAGAAUUGGCGCGAAAGGUUGCUCCCAGUUGAGAACAAUGAAUUAGUCACGAGGCUACUCCAAGAAAUCAAUAAAUACGAAGUUGUUGCACCACUGUUGAAAUAUGUUAGAGGAGAAGACUUCUCAGAAAAACAUUGGGUCGAUGUGUUCAGCCUACUCCAGAUGGAAGUCAAACCAGUGGAUCAGUUGGCUCUAAACGAUUUUCUGGAAGUUUCUGUGAAAAUUCAGAAUUCUCUCAAGGAACUACAGAUGAUAUCGAAGAAAGCUGCCAGUGAAAUUGUGGUGAGACAAGCAUUGGCAGAAUUGGAACACUGGGAUGUCCAUUGUCGAUUCUCAUUGGCACUACAGAAAGAUUCAAGUGGAAGAAAUAUCUCGUUGAUACAAGAUUUCAAAGAAAUUCUGAAUAAGAUCGGUGACAAUCAAAGUCUUCUGCAGUCGCUGAAGAACUCUGUCGAUUCAGACACCUUCAUUGAGAAAGUAACGAUGUGGGAAACUAAAUUCGGUGAUCUGGACCAUCAUUUAGUUUCACUAGCUCAGAUACAGAGAAAAUGGUUGUAUCUAGAACCAAUAUUUGGCAGUGGAACUCUGACACAGGAAAAAUCGAGAUUUGACAGAAUCGAUCGAGAUUUUCGUCACAUUUUGAAUUUCAUUGAGAAAGAUCUAAGAGUUGCAGCUUUGUGCCGUUAUGCCAAUCUUCGAUCGUUAUUAGAUUCGAAUAUGGAUCAGCUAUCCAGAUGUCAGAACAGCCUGGAUAACUUCUUAAAGGAAAAACGUGAUAAGUUUCCGAGAUUUCUCUUCCUAAGCGACGAUGACCUAUUGGAAGUUGUCGGUCAGUCCACCAAAGAACACGUAAUACAAACACAUUUGAAGAAGAUAUUCGUCGGUAUAGACAGUACAAAACUCUCAUCGAGUGGACAGGACAUAAUUGCCAUUUGUUCUUCGGAUGGAGAGACCGUGAAUCUGUCUAAUCCGGUCAAUAUCCAGAGACCAGUAGAGGACUGGUUGAACGAUCUGGUCAAACAAAUGCAGGUGACUCUGAAGGAACUGCUGGUCACUUGCCAGAGAGAAAAGUCAUCUCCUGACCCCCUGUCGUAUCCCUCCCAGAUACUUUGUUUAUCUGAUAGUAUCACGUUCACUGCUAGAUGCGAACAAGCUAUUUCCAGCAUGACUAUACCACCUUUAUUAGCGAAAUACAAAACGCAGCUGGACCAUUACAGUUCUCUAGAGCUCAACCAAGACAUUGAAAGCUCAAAAGGCGGAAAUGUAUUAGAACUCAAACUCAAAGCCCUAUUACUCGACACAAUUCAUCAUAUAUCUGUACUUGAAGAACUCUUAAAUGAAAAUGUCACUAAGGUUUCGGACUGGACUUGGCAGAAACAACUGAGAUAUUAUGCAAAUUCUGUAGGAGAGGUAACAGUUAAAAUGGCUUUAGCCAGAAUGGAAUAUAGUUACGAAUAUUUGGGCAAUGCUCCCAAACUGGUGAGAACGCCAUUGACAGACAGAUGUUUCCUUACUUUAACCCAGGGAAUCCACUUGGGAAUGGGUGGAAAUCCAUACGGACCUGCUGGAACAGGAAAAACAGAAUCAGUCAAAGCUCUCGGAGGUCUAUUGGGAAGACAGGUUUUGGUCUUCAAUUGUGAUGAGGGGAUUGAUGUAGUUUCCAUGGGAAGAAUCCUAACAGGACUUGUCAAAACCGGUGCAUGGGGCUGUUUUGAUGAAUUCAACAGACUAGACGAAGCCACUUUAUCUGCAAUAUCGAUGUUGAUACAUGCAAUUCAAGUCGCCAUUCGAUCCGAUAAGAAAUCAGUUGAUUUGUUGGAUCAACAGGUUCCUGUCAACAAACAUUGCGGUAUCUUCGUAACCCUCAACCCCGCAGGCGGCGGUUAUGGCGGCAGGAACAAACUUCCGGACAACCUGAAACAGCUCUUCAGGCCAGUAGUCAUGACGCAGCCAGAUAACGAAGAAAUCGCGAAGGCGUUGUUGCACUGCGACGGGUACCAGAACGCUGACGUCAUCGCCAAGAAGUUGAUAGAAGUAUUUGACAUGUCUAGUAAACUUUUGAGCAGUCAACAACAUUACGACUGGGGCUUAAGAUCGAUCAGAACCAUUCUCGGCGGUUGCGGCAGAGCUCUAAGAAAAUCUAAAACAAAAAACUCAAUUGACAGAAACCCCAGUUCUGAGAUGGGCAUAGUUGUACAAGUGCUGAAGUUAGAUAUAUUGUCAAAGCUGUCAUUUUCCGAUAGCGUGAAAUUCAAAAAGUUGGUCGAAGACGUGUUCAGAGGGGUGGAAGAAGACGUUCUGAGAAAUGACGUGCUAAGACAGACCAUCGAGGAAUGCUUUGAGGAGUUAUCUCUGGUGAAAAAUGAAAGACAGAUCAACAAAUGUCUAGAGUUUUACGAACAACUCCAGCAAAGGAUGGGAGUUGCAAUUGUAGGACCACCAAAAUCUGGCAAGAGCACAAUCAGAAACUUAAUGAAAAAAGCCCUCUCCAAGAUGGGAAAAAUAGUUAAAUAUCACUGUUUCAACCCAAAAAGUAUGUGUAGGAGUCAACUCCUAGGAAAGAUGGAUUUCGAUACGAGUCAAUGGAAUGAUGGUGUAUUGACGAACUUCAGUCUACAGGUCACAUCAGAAAGUAGCGAUAUCUGGUCCUGGAUAGUCUGCGACGGAGACAUAGACCCCGACUGGGUGGAGUCCCUCAACUCUGUCCUGGAUGACAACCGUCUCCUGUCUCUGCCCUCUGGUUGGCGCAUCCGAUUCGGCCCCAACGUCAACUUCGUGUUCGAGAGCGACGGCCUGGGCAACGCCUCGCCGGCCACCGUUUCCAGGAUGGGAAUCGUGUUCUUGAGCGAGGAGGAUCUCAAAUUGGAUGAUUAUGUGACUGGUUACGUCAGAGGUUUGACGAAGGAAGAUUCAGUGGUGGAGACGCUGGUCACCGAUUAUUUUGUUAAAGCUGUUUAUUGGUUGAUGAAUGAUGGAGAGGUGACAGUUCCAAGUUCACAAAUAGCCAUCGCCAAAACUGGAAUCACGCAACUUAUCGAUGUCAAGAGUCGAUCACAUUUCUGCAUUGCUCUGAUAAAUGGACUUGGACAGCAGGUACAAGAUGACUUUAGAGAAAUUUUCGCCCAACAGGUGUUCGAAUGGACAGGGGAACUACCUCCACCGCUGAUUCUGAGAAGUCGUUACAACAAAGACAGAGAUACUAUUGAUCCUUAUUACACGAAUCCUAAUAUCGUUAUUGAGAACGUUGCUUUCGGGGUACCAUUGAUAGAAACCGGACAAGUUUCCCAAUACCUAGAUAUUCUGAGAGUGUGGUUCAGAGAAGGGAAUGAACAACAUUUCCUGAUAGUUGGUCCUCAUGGUUGUGCUAAAUCGUUGAUUUUGAGGAGCUUGGUGAAUGAAAGAAGUGAUUUGGAUAUGGUAACAAUCCACUGCAGUGGUAAUCUACUACCAUCUUUCGUGAUUAACAAACUGUUAGAGUACUGUAUCUCUGUGAAUACGCAUAGAGGAAAAAUUUUGAAACCAAGGAAGGGAUACUUGGUACUCUAUUUGAGAAAUAUUCAUUUGCUAAAACGAGACAAAUGGGGUACAAAUAUGCUCAUCGAAUUUGUAGAUCAGCUGAUCGUAUACAGAGGAUUUUUUGAUUCAAACGUAGAAUUCAUUGGGAUUGAAAAUGUUAUUAUAGUUGGUUCCCUAGCUAGUGAAGGAAGUUUGUCAAAGAGGUUUUCAUCGAAUAUGAGGAUCUUCAAUAUAAGUUUACCGGAAUCCGACGAGUUUUCAGUUAUUGUUACUGCCUACCUCACGGCAAUUUUGAAAGCCUGUUUCCCGAAACACAAUUAUCCGAAAUCUAAGAUAGUGAAGAUGUCAACUACAAUGAUUAUACUUUACGAUAAAGUUCGUAAUACAUUUGUCAACACACGCAAUAAGCAUUACAUUUUUAGUCCCCAUGAUGUCACGAAUUGGUGUAGAGGAAUCUCACGUUACAGAGAAAGCGAUACUUUGGAUAUUGAUCUAUUAAUCUGGCAGAUAAUCCAUUCCGAAGCUUUGAACAUUUUUGGAAAUCGUCUAGUGGACGAAGAUGAUCGUAACACCUUGAAUAGAAUAUUGAAUGAUACAUUCCAGUCUCAGUGGGGUACGCAAGAUAUGGGAAUGAACAAGUUCUACGUACCGUUUGAUGAUGGUUUCUUAACAAAAUUGACAGAAACAGAAUGGAGAGAUAUGGUUCAACAAGGUAUCACUCAAUACGAACGCGAGGGUCAAACAUUGGAUUUGAUAAUAACAGACGAGCUGCUACAUUUGACAGCUAGCAUUAUGAACAUUGUGAGUAACCCAGCAGGAAAUGCUAUUCUAGUUGGGAAAUGUGGAGUGGGAAGGAAGAGUGCUGUGAAAAUUGUAUCUGCACUUCAAUCAGCGAAAUUAAUCAUUCCAUCGAGUGAGAAGCAGCCUCAGCUGAAUAAUGAAUUGAAAAUGGCAAUGCAAUAUGCAGGAGUUGAAGGACACCAGGUUUAUUUCCAGAUAGAAGAUUACUUUCUGAAGGAAGAUAACAACCUGAAUACAUACAAUCUAUUGAUGGCUUCAGGAGAGGUCCCCGAUCUCUAUUCCAUACCAGAAUUAGACUCUUUGGUGAAGGUUUUGAAAGAAGAAUUUGAGAGAGAUAAUUUUGAUGGUAGUCUACUUCAAUACUUUUCUCACAGAGUAAGGAAAAAUCUGCAUAUAAUUGUGUGUCUGGAUGAAGAUAACGAAAAUCUCUGGAAUAUAUUCCAAAAUUGCCCCUCUAUCAUGCAUAGUUCAAUUAUAUGGAUGAAGGAUUGGAGUACAUCCACCAUAGCAGAAAUAUCUAGAACUUUGCUGGAUAGAAACAUAGGCACUAGUGACGAGAAUCAUAUGGCAAGUUGCUACAAAGGAUUCUCCACAAUCUAUCAAAUCACUAAGUCGGCUAUUUCAACACCAUCGCGUUUCAUUACUAUGAUGAAGCUUUACGAAAGAAUAUACAAAGAGAACCUCCAUGGAAUAAAAUCAAGACAACAAAAAUUGAGGGCCGGGGUGGCGAAACUGACUGAAGCAGAAACUCUGGUGAAUGAGUUGAAAAAGAAAGCAGAAUUGAAGCGGAUUGAAUUGCAAGAGAAGCAGUCGAAAGCAAACUCGGCGCUAGAUAUGAUCAGCAAUACUAUGAAGAAUGCCAAUACACAAAAAGAGGAGAUGGAAAGUCUGAAGAGUAAAACUCAAGAAGAGAAUGUACAGCUGACUCGGAGGAAAAAGGAAAUCGAAGAAGAGCUUUCUGAAGUGGAACCUCUGAUAGAACAAGCCAGAUCGGCCGUGGGGAACAUAAAGUCCGAAUCCCUGUCAGAGAUAAGAUCCUUGAGGGCGCCACCUGAGAUCAUCAGAGAUAUUCUGGAGGGCGUGCUGCGGUUGAUGGGCAUCCAGGACACGUCUUGGAACAGCAUGAAGACUUUUUUGGCGAAAAGGGGAGUAAAAGAGGAUAUCAGAUCUUUCGAUGCGAGCAGAAUCUCUAAAGAAAAUAGACAAGCCGUCGAACGUCUGAUGGCCGCCAAAAGUGAAUCUUUCGAUCAAAAGUCGGCCAAAAGGGCCUCCGUCGCUGCUGCUCCUUUAGCAUCAUGGGUGGCGGCGAACGUCAAAUAUUCAUAUGUCAUGGACAACAUCCGACCGCUUGAAAAGGAACAGAACAAAUUAAAACAGAACUUAUCAACUGCUGAGGCGCAGUUGAGUGAACUGAGUGCAGAACUAUUCGAUGUUGAUGCGACAGUCGCGAAGUUGAAAGAGCAACUUUCAUCGUAUACUAAAGAAGCAGCUGAAAUCGAAAUAGACUUGAACAGAGCACAAGUGACGCUCAGCUCUGCAGAAGGAUUAGUAUCUAAACUGAGUGAUGAAUAUGAGAGAUGGCAAAAACAGUUGAGAGAAUUAUCUGGCAAAAUAGAAAAAUUACCAAACGACUGUCUCCUGAUGUCGGCUUUCAUGACAUAUUUAUCAGGUGAAUCCGAGGAGAAAAGGCAAAGAAUUUUGGAAUUAUGGACAACUGAAAUUGGUAUAGAAAAAAUUGAUAUUGAAACCUUCUUCUUCACCGAAAGGGACAGGAUGCAAUGGCAGAGUGAAGGUCUCUGUUCUGAUAAAAUGUCCAUACAAAAUGCAGUAAUGAUUCUCAAAGCUGACACAGUGCCGUUAUUGAUGGAUCCGACUUCAUCUGCUUCCAACUGGAUCAAGCAACAUCUGAAAAAUAAGAAGGUCGAGUGUAUCAACCAAGAUUCAUCCAAAUUCAUUGCAACUUUAGAGUUGGCUGUUAGAUUUGGAAAAACACUCAUCAUUGAAGAGGUUGACACAGUAUAUCCGGUAUUAUUCCAGAUUUUGAGAAAGGAAUUCACGCAUCAAGGUGAACGAACAUUGAUAAAGCUGAAUGGCAAGCUGAUGGACUACCACAGUGAAUUCAAAUUGAUUCUCUGUAGCAGAAAUGAACAAAUAAAUUUACCUCCUGAAAUCAUUCCACUCAUUAAUUUGAUGAACUUCACUGUUACUGGUGCAGGACUAACAGAACAACUUCUGAGUGCCAGUAUCCUACAAGAGAACCCGGAACUUGAAAACAGAAAGAGACAAUUGCUGAAAGACCGAGAAGUAAUGGAGGAAAAGUUGAAUCACCUGCAAAACCAGUUGCUUGAAGAUUUGGGAAAUUCAACAGGAGAUAUUCUACAGGACUCGAAACUGCUUGAAUCUCUGAAUAAAACGAAAGCUAGUUCCGAGGAAAUCACUUCGGCUUUGAGAGAAACAAUUGAAGUGCGCUCCAAGUUAGAAUCGGAGUAUGACAUGUACAGGGACAUUGCUCAAUAUGGCAGCUCCCUAUAUUUCGCGUGCAACGACUUUGCGAGAUCCAAUAUCAUUUAUCUCUUAUCAGUGAACGCCUUUACUGAAUUAUUCCUGAAGUCUCUCCAGACCUACCAAGGAAUGAGUAGUUUUGAAGCAGGACAUGAUGGUGAAUUGCAUUAUAAACAUCUUCUUCAAACUAUAUACAACUACAUGAGCCGAGGAAUUUUUAAACUGGAUAGGUUGAAGUUCUUAUUAUUCGUUUUACACAAAUUAUACCCGAACGCAGUUCCUGAAAAUGAAUGGGCCUUAUUUCUUGGUAAUACUAUACCUCAAAGGAAUAUAUCUGAUGAUGUCCCGCCUUGGAUUCCAAAACACUGCACCAGUGGAAUCGAAAACAUGAAGGUCACUCUUCCUGAAUUCUUCAACGAUCUGAAACUAGGAGAAGCCAACUUGUGGAAGAACUUUAUGGCAUCCAGCCAUUGUAUCGAUGCCUUUCCAUUCCAUUGCGCCUUCACGGCAUUCCAGAAAGUCCUAAUCGUUCAAGCAUUGCGUCCAGACAGGCUCUACUCUAUGAUGUCGCAGGGGGCUAUGGACAUAGCAGGAAUCAGGACCCUCGAUCCGCCUGUCUUGGAACUCGGCUCGCUGUUGAAGGAAUCUAGCAGCGCAGUGUCUAUUCUGAUUUUCGCCAUGUCUGGAACCGAUCCGAUUUCGGAGAUCAAGGAGUUGGCCAACGGUUUAUCACGAAACUUCUUAGAGGUGGCUAUGGGUGAAGGACAGGAAACAAAAGCUUUAUUCGCCCUGAAGACUUGUUCUGAAUCUGGAUCAUGGUUGGUACUGAAAAAUCUACAUCUGGUAACGGACUGGUUGACAGUGCUAACGCAAAACUUGAAAGUACUCAAAAGCAGAGAUGGAUUCCGUUUGUGGUUGAUAUCCGAGCCUACCCCAUAUUUCAAUCCAGUGCUGGCGCAGAAUAGCCUCAAAAUUGUGUACGAAGCCUCACAAGGUAUCAGUAAUAAUAUGCAACGUACAUACACCACUUUUGGAAGUACCUACAUCGAGAAACUGAACCCAAAUUCUGCCAGGAUUUUCUUCGUUCUUGCAGCUAUCCAUGCGAUUGUUCAAGAAAGGAGGAAAUACAUUCCACAAGGGUGGUCGAAAUAUUACGAUUUCAGCGACACAGAUCUGUCUACGAACGUGAAACUAGUCGAGGAUUUGUGGCACAACCAGUCUCCGCAAAUGCAGUGGCGUUUCAUUUCUGGAUUGACUUCGGACGCGGUCUACGGCGGUAGGAUCGAGACAGGCGACGAUAUGACAAUUUUGUAUUCGUAUGCCAGACAGUAUUUCAACGACGAAAUAAUGAGUCACAAGUGGAAACCCUUUGGAUUGAAUUCGAGUUUGCCAAAUGGAGUUAAUUUUGAGGAAUACCUGAAAAUAAUCAGACAGUUGCCGAAUACAGACAUGCCAUCGGUAUUUGGACUAUCCGAGAAUAUGAACAGAGCUUGGGAGAAGCAAACCUCUGUCAAACUCAUUUCAGAACUGAAGAAUUUCCACAUAAGUAGAAAUACUUCGAACAAGUUCGACCAAGAGGAAUUCUCAAAGGGUUUGGCGCCGUUCAUGAUCUUGUGGAAGAAGUUGAACCAGGGUUACGAUUUCUUGAGGAUAUCAGCACAGAAUGAUACUUCGAAGAUGUCUGUCAUGGAAACUUUCCUCAUAGAAGAGUUCGAAAAUGCCUUGCAUCUCGUUCAGAUGAUUCAUAAAUGUUUUGCGUUUCUGAAAAAGUUUUCCAAAGGAUUGGUGGAGGCUGACUUGCAGAAUCAUUCAGUUGGAAUCAGUCUCAUGAAUUAUGAGACCCCACAAUCAUGGUUGAAUUUGUGGAAUGGACCGAAAGAACCCAUACAGUAUCUCAAAACUAUCAUCAACAAAAUCAUCGCACUAUCGAAAUGGAAGAAUGAAAAUGUAAACGAGCUAUUGAAACGUCCACUGAAUCUGUCUUCUCUAUUCCACCCAGGAAAAUUCCUAGCUUCAUACAAACAAGACGUUUCUAGAUCUAGUCAGGUACCUAUGGACGAACUUUUGCUGAAAACUAGUUGGAGAGCAAACGCGAAUUCUUUGAUCGUGACAGACUUGCUGGUUGAAGGAGGACUAUUCGUGAAUGGUAUUAUCAAGCAAUGUACACCCAAUUCUGAAAAUAUCAAUAAUGCCCCUAACUGCUACUUGAAUUGGACGAGAAAGGAUACUAUUUCAGAAGAAGGAAUCAGUGUGCCUGUCUAUUCAACCUCAACUAGGGAGGAGAAAGUAUUUUCUCUGGAAAUUCCAUGUGACAACAGAGAAAGAACCAGGUGGAUUCUGUGCGGAUUGGCCUUCUAUCUAGAGUAUUGA